AUGUCUAGUCGAAAAGAAAAGCUUGCAGAGCUUGCGGCUCUUAGAAAGAGUGGGAAGUCCCGUUUAUCGACUUAUAAAAUUAAUGAAGAUUCCCUGUACGAUGUCGUUGACGAGGAUGCCAGUAAUAACCAUUAUGACGAUGACGAUGAUUUCAUUGAAGUCAAUGAUGGUGAUCACGGAUAUUCUCGAAACGACGGUUCUAAUGAUAUUGGAGGCUAUAAGAACAACUAUUACUCCGAUGAUGAUGACCGUGACAAAAAGGGAUCGAGAAAGUCUAAGAAUAAAGACAAACGACGCAAAGCACAGUCCCCACCCCCCCCUCCACCGGAAAAUAAAAUUAAAAGCAGAGAUAUUUCUGAAAUGUUCAAAAAAGCUGCAAAAUCAAAAUCUAAACAAUUAAAGAAAAAUGACGAUGAUUUAGAAGCCAUGAUUUCUAGUCUUGGAAAUGGAGUUAAAAAACCUUCAACUUUAAAAAGACCAAUUUCAUCUUCUAUAUCAAGUACAAAAGCUUUGGAAAAGGAUCCUUUUUCGGAAAAUUACGGUGAUCUUAUAGAUAGUCUUGGGCCCAGCAAGCAUAUUAUAAAAAAAGCAAAAACUUCAAUAUUUUCUAAAUCAAACCAGGAACCGCCCAUAGAUAUUGAGAUGCAUUCGCCUUCAUCACCUAUUACCGACCAUAAAAAAGAAGAAGAAUACGAAGAAGAAGAAGAAGAAGAAGAAAGCGAUUCAGAUAUUGACGAGCCAGCUCCUCUAAUGCCUGGUGCUAAUUAUAAAUCUGUUGUAAACAAAACAUCUCAAAAGCCAGUAAGCAUUAACAUCAAUUCUACCCCUAAACCAUCUCUAGCACCUAUUCAAUCUCCAACAAAGUCACCUUUUUCACCAAUAUCUUCACCUUCGCGUCCCGAAUUUUCACCGACAAAGUUAGCCCAACCUCUUACACCUGCUCCUGCUCAAAGCUCUCGUCCAGAUACGCCGGCUUGGAUGAGUCUUAAUGAAACUUUGUUAUCUAAUGUACUAGAUGAAAAGCAUACACAUGAUGAUCAAAAUAUUUCCAAUUUUUCUUCUGAAGACGUUGUCGAGGAUGACGGUAAAUUGCGUAUAUUUUGGACAGAUUAUCAUGACUUUGGUUCUCGCCUGGGUCUUUUUGGCAAAGUUAAAAACAAAAAAACUGGCAAGUUUGGAAGCGUUUUCCUUGUGGUAAAUAACAUUCAGCGUGAACUUUACUUUUUACCCAAACGCGAAAAUAAUGGAGAAGAUGGUCAGGUUCCUGUUCUUGACGUUUAUGCCGAAGUUUGUAAAACUCUUUCUAACUAUGGGAUAAAUAACUUUCGUUCCAAACCUGUUACUAAAAAGUACGCUUUUGAAAUACCCGAUGUUCCAGCAGAAGCAGAAUAUUUACAAGUUUUAUACAAUUAUGAGAAUUUCAACCAACAUGUUUUACCGGCAGAUAUUCAGGGAGAGACUUUUUCUCAUGUUUUUGGAACUAAUACAGCACUAUUUGAACAAUUUGUAUUGUCUCGUAAUGUUAUGGGUCCAUGCUGGUUAGAAAUCGAAUCUCCCGAUUUUUCAUCAAUCCAUAAUGCUUCUUGGUGUAAUCUCGAAGUUGCUGCUGAUUCUCCUUUAAAAGUCUCUGUUGUUUCCGAAUCAGAGGUUAAUUUUCCUACCCCUCCACUUACUGUCAUGUCUUUAUCACUUCGCACGGUCAUGAAUAAAAAGGAAAAUAAACAGGAAGUUGCCGCUAUAAGUGCCCGAAUUUACACUGAAAUGGCACAUGAUACAACAGCCAAUCCCACAGAGUUGCCAUCUUUUGUCUUCACCUAUGUGAGACCAGUUACAGGAGGUGUAUUUCCUAUGGGUUUUGAGCGUGAAAUGAAUGACAAACGGCAAAACAGCAAAAUUCGAAAUACUGUACGAACAUUUCGCGAUGAGUCAGGCAUGUUAGCUGAGUUCCUCAAGCAGAUUCAACGAUUUGACCCUGACGUAUUCGUGGGCCAUUCUUUAGAGAAUGUUCAUUUUAAUAUUUUGUCUCAUCGUAUCCGUGAUAAGAGAAUUUCUGGAUGGUCUCGUCUAGGCAGAUAUCGUCAAACUUCCUGGCCUAAUGGAUUUGGCCGUGGAAAUGACAUUAAUUUCCAGCGUCAAGUUGCCACAGGUCGUUUGCUUCUUGAUAUUUCCAAUACUUACGGUCAAUCACUUACCAUGAAGUGUGAUAGUUGGACUUUGACGGAAAUGACCAAAUUAUACCUCAACGAUCAAGAGAGACUUGAUCAGCCACUCGAUGCGGGAAAGAGUGACUGGGUGACAACUUCAAGUGGCUUAUAUGAAUAUCUCAUGCACAAUGAAACAGAUACCUUUUUUUCCAUUGCAAUUGCUUUUCGUACGCAAAUGCUGGCGCUUUCAAAACAACUAACAAAUAUUGCUGGUAACUCUUGGGCACGAUCUCUUACAGGUACUCGUGCGGAGCGAAAUGAAUUUAUUUUACUUCAUGAGUUUCAUCGACAAAACUAUAUUCUUCCAGAUAAGUACUCUUCUCAGAAAAAAUCUCAAUCAACUGCCAAUGGGGCACACAAAAAUGGAUCAUCGAAAGCUUCACAAGUCGCAUCACAAGAUUUUCACCAUCAUGAUGAAGAUGAUUUAGACGAUCCUUCAGCAACACAAACACAUCAACCUGGUAAAAAGAAAGAAAAGUAUAAGGGUGGUCUUGUUUUUGAACCAGAACGUGGUCUUUAUGACAAAAUUAUUUUAGUCAUGGACUUCAACUCUUUAUACCCCAGCAUCAUUCAAGAGUUUAAUAUUUGCUUUACUACCGUGGACCGUAGAGCCUAUAAUACCAAAAUUGCUAAUGGGGAAGAGCCUGAUGGUUAUGACGAGGAAAUUCUUACUCUUCCAGAUAGAUCAGUUCCUUUGGGAAUUUUUCCACGUCUUGUCCAAGCACUUGUUCAGCGUCGUCGAGCAGUAAAGAACAAUAUGAAAGAUCCUAAAGCUACCCCGACACAAAAGGCUCAAUGGGAUAUUAAGCAACAAGCUCUAAAACUUACCGCGAAUUCCAUGUAUGGUUGUUUAGGCUAUGUGCGGUCGCGGUUUUAUGCUCGGCCACUUGCUGUUUUGACAACAUAUAAGGGCCGUGAGAUUCUCAUGGCAACUAAAACACUUGCAGAAACAAAUGGGCUUCAAGUUAUUUAUGGAGAUACUGACUCUGUUAUGAUUAACACCAAUGUUGAUCAGUACGAUGAGGCUCUCAAAAUCGGUAAUGAUUUCAAGUCUCAAGUAAAUCAACGUUACAAACUACUUGAAAUUGACAUAGAUAAUGUUUUUAGACGAAUGCUUUUGCACGCCAAAAAGAAGUACGCAGCUGUUAACAUGUCUGGUCCUGAAAACAAUAAAGAUACUCGCAUGGAUAUUGAAGUUAAGGGUUUGGAUAUGAAACGUCGUGAAUACUGUAUUUUGUCAAAAGAGGCUUCCAAGUAUGCAUUAAACGAGAUUUUGGGUACCGAUUCUUCUGAAACAGCUAUUGAGAAUAUCCAUGAAUAUUUAAGAAAGCUCGCAACACGAGUACGUGAAAAUAAGGUCCCUCUUGGUCAAUAUUUAAUUCGCAACAGACUAGGAAAAAAUCCCAAAGAUUACCCUGGUGGUGGUUUGACACUACCUCAUGUUGUUGUUGCACGACGACUUAUUUCUCAUGGCGAGGUUGUGCGACCAGACGACAUUAUUUCAUAUGUAAUUGCUGAAAAAGAGGAAAAAACUGGCGAAGAUGUGAAUAUGGAAGAUGAUGUCGAUAUUUCUGAAGAGGGUAUAGAAGGUUCUAAGCCAUUUAAUAAUCGACACCCGGCCCAGCGAGCAUUAACAAGAAAAGAAAUUGAUGAUUCCAAUGGUCUUUACCGGCCAGAUUCUGAAUAUUACCUCACACGUCAGAUCUUGCCACCUCUUGAGCGUCUUGUUGCCCCGAUGAGCGGGACAAAUGCCAUGAGACUAGCUGAUUGUUUAGGUUUAAACCUAAGUAAAUACCAAUCAAGGGCUAAUGGUGGAAAUGGAAAUAAUGAUGGAAAAGAAAUAUCAUUCACUCCAUUUCAAAGCACCAUUGAUGAUAGCGAGCGAUUCCGAGAUUCUACCACAUUUAUGAUUGCUUGUGGAUCAUGCUCUAAAACCUUUGCAUUUAUUGGGCUGAAUUCUUCUGAUGCUCAUGAAUCUUCUGUGGUAACUGCAAACGGUGUACGUUGUUCCCAUUGUCUUGAGAGUGUUCCUAUGUCUCGAGUGAAUGCACAACUUGAAGUUCAGUUGCGAUCGCAAAUGGCACAGUAUUAUGCCGCUUGGGUUUCAUGCUCUGAAUGUGGCACUAGGACACGACAAAUUAGCGUUUAUGGGCGACGGUGUCUGAAUGUUGUUGAAACCGCAAAUGGUGUGUUUCAAGCAUGUGGUGGACUCGUUUCUUUUGAAUAUGGAGAUUUACGAAUGUACAAUCAACUUAUUUAUUAUGACAGUCUGUUUGAUGUGGAUCGCGCUAGGCGCCGAGUACAAAAACGACUAGAGCUCAUAGAAAAAGGAUCUGCUGAUGGAGAAGUCGUUGCAGCUGUUAAAAAAGAGUUUAAUACCAUCAAUGCUUUGGCAGAGCAUAAUCGUGGGCGGUUUGCUUCCACUCGUGGAGUUGUGGAAAAAUAUAUGACACAAUGUGGUCGCCGGUAUGUGGACAUGAAGGAAAUUUUUGCAUUUGCACGCUAA